GGGCAGCGGGCAGCAGGAGGGAGCGGUCGGUGCGGGCUACGGCUACGGCGCGGCGGCAGUGGCAGUAGUCGUCCAGCGACCAUGGCGAGCGGACGUGUUCUGGCGAGCGUGGCGUGCGUGCUGGCCGUGGUGCUGGCGGCGCGGGCCACCCAGGUCUCCGUGUGUCCAGACAAAGGAAGCAGGCAGCUGACGAGCGAGGAGGUGAACAUAGUGGGCUGCAACAAGCCGCCGUGCAAGCUGAAGAAGAAGACCACCGUGGAGCUGGAAGUGAAGUUCACGGCAGACGAGGACGUGGAGUCGGUGAGGAACGGCGUGUACGCCAACAUCGUCGGUAUCCCGUUCCCCUUCAUCGGCGUGGACGGCAAGCCCGCCUGCCCGGACAUCUUCAACGAGGACGGAAGCCCGGCGCAGUGUCCGCUCAAGGCCGGCAGCAAGUACCUCUACAAGGGCUCCUUCAAGGUGCUGGACAUCUACCCCAGAAUUAGGGUGGACGUUGUGUGGGCUCUGAAAAGUGCCAAAGAGAAGAACUUGUUUUGCUUCAGAGUUCCGGUCAGAAUCUACUAAGCGUCAUUGCGCCUUCACUGCGCGACACAAAUAACAUCAUACUUUCAUACUGCGUGAUCUAUUUAACUAUUUCAAAACAGCAGUGCCUUCUCGAACUUUAAAAUUUUGUGAACUGUUUCUUUGUUAUUGAUAACGUAUAAGCGUAGUAUUUCUCUCUGAAAUCUGUCACUGAAAACAAAAUAUGUUGUAUCCAAAAUUGAAAUAAAUCAUUGUAGACUUUAAUGAGGUUAUUGAGAAAUGUGUUAAUCACAUAGAAAAAUGAAUUGUGUAAAGUAAUAAAAAACUCACAAUAGAUAUGUCAAACACCUGUAGUACCUAUACUUGGGUAAAUCUUGAGUGUAACAGUUGGAAAAUAUAACACACUGGUAAAUGACAUUGCA